AUGACCGCCGAUGAGCAGCAAUCCUUGAUAGAUCCUAUUACACUGGAUGAGCUGUUGCAACAGGCGAACCGCUCAGUGAAGGCCACAGCUCCUGGCAGUGAUGGCUUGGCCUCUCCUUUUCUGUCGCUCUUAUUCAUCAACUCAGUCAAGCCCCAAUGCCAGAUAUACGGCCAACGCCAACUGUCCAUCCUGGAUCGAGUCACCAUCGUCAACAGCUUGAUCUUGUCCAAGGUGUGGUACAGUCUGCGCAUGUUGAAGCCCACCGAGAGGUUCUUAGAAAAAAUCAAGUCUUGUGUCUAUCAGUUCGUCUGGCAGAAGAAGCGGCCGUUACUACGCAAAGACCUCGUCUUCCUAUCCAAGUCUAGAGAUGGUCUUGCCGUUCUCGAUCCUUCUCUUCAACAGUUGAUCCUCCAAAAACGCUGGCUCAAUUGCCUCGUCGAAUCGCAUAAUUAUCCGUUCUUCCUGCUGCCCUUCCUUAUUUAUCAUUUAUCACUGCCCCCCAUCGUCUUCAGAUUUCCCAUACCUGGCUUUCCUAGAUGCUGA